AUGCAUGUAUCGAAGGCAUUAGUCUCCCAGUUGGAGAGGCUGGCAUCGUCCGUUUUACAUUUGAAGCGCUUGGCAAAAAUCGAAUUUGAGGUACCUGACUGGAUGGGGCUGAGAUUGAGGGAAACUAAGGUGGAGGAAUUGAAAGUCUUGAACCUACGAGGAUGUGAUAAGUUACAUGCAUUGUUGGACUUUCAAGCUCCAGUCAAUUUGGAGAUUCUGAUACUGGAAGAUUGUACUCAGCUAUCUCAAAUUGGGACAUUCAUUCGCGGACUGGAGAACUUGAGUUCCUUCAAUUUGAGAAACUGCAGGCGAGUCAAGAAGUUGCCCCCAGAACUAGCCCAGAUGAAAUCUUUGAAGGAACUUCUGAUUGAUGGAACUGGCAUCGAAACAAUUCAUAUCCAAAAAGCUUCUUUGCAGAAACUCGAAAAACUUAGUGCUUGUGGCUGUGAAAAGCUGAAAGAUAUAUCCCCAAUAGGCCACCUAACGAAACUCGAAAGUCUUGCUCUGGAUGGUGCUAUUAAUUGGCAUCCGGGAAAUCCGGAACCUUUUGAGUUUCCUCAGAAUCUUCGGAGACUUUCUCUAAGGAAUUGUGAGAGGUUGUUGGAAGUUCCACCUUCCAUGGGGAACCUGAGGCUGCUGGAGGUGAUGGACCUUUCAUACACUGGAAUCAUAGAACUACCAGGGUCAGUCAAGGAUUUGAGAUAUCUGAAAACGCUGAAGAUGGAACACACUCACCUACAAAAAUUUCCUGAAGAUAUUGCGAAGUUGGAGAAACUGGAAGAGAUAGAUUUCUCUGGCUGCAGAAGUUUGGGGGGCCAAGUUAGUUGUGAUAUUUCAGGCUUAUCCUCUUUGAGAAUUUUGAGAUUGUCGUUGUCCAAUGUGGCUGGGCUGCCUCAGGGCAUUUGCGGUCACUCUCGCCUCCAAAUCCUUGACGUCCUUCAAUGCAACCAACUUCAAGCACUACCAGAGUUGCCCGCCAGUUUAGUCAGUCUCCGCUGGGGAUCCAGAAACAUGGCAGUCCCCGACUUGUCAUAUUUGACAAAUCUGAAAGAGCUAUGCUUGAAAGAUUAUAAGCAGCCAGAAGCGGGGUCAUCGGGUCAAACUCCAAAUGUUGAGUGGAUCACGAGAUUACCAAGUCUAGAGACCUUGCAACUGUCCGUUUCAAAGGUCACCAAUCUCCCUGGGAAUUUUAGUGCCCUUACUCAGCUCCGGGAACUCUCUUUAUCCUACAUGAAGGAGCUAGACCUCGCACAACUUCCCUCCUCAAGCUUAUUGACUCUGCGGCUCAAACACUGCAAGAUUCCGAAGCCAACAUUUUCUAGUCUGCAACAUCAUCUGUCAGAACUAAAACUAAAAUACUGCGAAUUAGCAGAGAUUGUUUGUCUUGAAGAUUUAAAUCGUCUGGUAGUCCUGAUAAUUUUAUAUUGCAAGGUGUGA